AUGGCCGUCGCCUACCUGCUGGGCAACGGCUCGGCGCCGCUCCUGGCCGGCGCCCUGGAGGACCCGUUCGUCGCCAACGCCUCGGCCGCCGCCUGCCGCCCCUCGGCGCCGCCCUGCGCGGCCGCCCCGCCGGGCUCCUGGGGGAACGGCUCGGCGGCGGCGGGCUGGAACCGCUCCGAGCCCUGCGGCGGAGCCAACGGCAGCGCGGGGGGCGGCGGGCCCUGCGCCCCCGCGGGCGGGGGGCCCUCGGUGGUCACGGCCAUCGCCAUCAUGGCCCUGUACUCCGUGGUGUGCGUCGUGGGGCUCUUCGGCAACUUCUUGGUCAUGUAUGUCAUCGUCAGGUACACGAAAAUGAAGACUGCCACCAAUAUCUAUAUUUUCAAUCUUGCAUUGGCAGAUGCAUUAGCAACAAGUACUCUGCCAUUCCAGAGCGUGAAUUAUUUGAUGGGAACAUGGCCAUUUGGUACAAUCCUUUGUAAGAUUGUUAUAUCCAUAGACUACUACAAUAUGUUCACCAGUAUCUUUACGCUCUGCACCAUGAGUGUGGAUCGCUAUGUAGCUGUCUGCCACCCAGUUAAGGCCCUUGAUUUCCGUACCCCCAGAAAUGCCAAAAUUGUUAAUGUCUGCAACUGGAUUCUUUCUUCUGCCAUUGGCCUGCCAGUUAUGUUCAUGGCAACUACUAAAUACAGGCACGGCUCUAUUGACUGCACACUUAAGUUCUCCCACCCUGCUUGGUACUGGGAGAACCUCUUGAAAAUCUGUGUGUUCAUCUUUGCCUUCAUCAUGCCAGUCCUGAUCAUUACUGUGUGCUAUGGGCUGAUGAUUUUACGCCUGAAGAGUGUUCGCAUGUUAUCUGGCUCUAAGGAGAAGGACAGGAACCUGCGGAGAAUCACGAGGAUGGUUCUCGUAGUGGUGGCAGUGUUUAUCGUCUGCUGGACUCCCAUCCACAUUUAUGUCAUCGUUAAAGCCCUGGUCAACAUCCCAGAAACUACUUUCCAGACUGUCUCCUGGCACUUCUGCAUUGCUCUAGGGUAUACAAAUAGUUGCCUUAAUCCAGUCCUGUAUGCAUUUCUAGAUGAGAAUUUCAAAAGGUGUUUCAGAGAGUUCUGCAUCCCCACCUCCUCAACCAUUGAGCAGCAAAACUCCACCCGAGUCCGACAAAACACUCGUGACCAUGCUUCCACUGCCAACACUGUGGACAGGACUAACCAUCAGUUGGAACUCCAAGAAGCUGAAACCACCCCACUGCCGUGA